GAACUAUGAACCUGUGCUUUAUCCUGAGAUAUUUAUAGUAGAUGUUUUAUUUAUGAAUACUGAGGGAUCUCAUGUAUGUAAAUCUGGUCAAACAACUGGUACAACUUGCGGGGAAUUGACUGCAAUCGAUAGUGUGUCUAUAAAUCCUCAAGGAAUUAUGCUUUACGGAGUCCUCAAAAUGCAGCUGUUUUCUUCUAUUGGCGAUAGUGGUGGUUCUGUAUUCCACUAUGUAGACUUUUCAAAUCAUUAUUCAUUUCCUUAUGCAUAUGCAGUUGGUAUAUUAGUGCGUUCAAAAGUUAUUAGAGUCAUUAGUGUAGUUGUACCAGCAGACGCAAUCAUGCAAUAUGGUAUUAGAUUUAUGGGUCGCUAUUGA